AUGGAAGCCACCAAUGAGACAUGGGAAGCUGAAUUUUUCCUGGUGGGGUUCCCAGAUCUCGAGCGCUUUCACCUCCUUCUCUUUAACCUCCUGUUGUUCACCUACGUACUCAUUCUUGGUGGCAAUACUGUCAUUCUGAUGCUUAUCCGGGCCAACCCACAUCUUCAUGUCCCCAUGUACUAUUUUGUGGCCAUUCUGUCUUUCUUGGAGGUGUGGUACACCACAGUGACCAUCCCCAAGAUGUUGGCCAACCUCCUGGAUAGCAGGAAGCCCAUCUCCUACAGGGGCUGCCUCUUGCAGGUGUAUUUCUUCCAUGCAUUGGGUAUUACGGAGGCCUGUUUGCUCACGGCAAUGGCCUACGACCGAUACUUGGCCAUCUGCAAGCCUUUGCACUACCCAUCCACCAUGACCCCCAAGAGUUGCCUCUGGCUAGUGGCAGGGUGCUGGGCAUGUGGCUUUAUGUGGCCUGUGCCAGAAAUCAUCCUGCUCUUCACGUUGCCCUUCUGCGGGGCGCACCGCAUAGAGCACCUCUUCUGCGACUUCCCCUCGCUGCUCAGCUUGGCCUGUGCUGAUGUGUCCACCAGCACCACCAUAGACUUCGCCCUCCACUCCUUGGUCAUCCUCGGCCCCACCGCCCUCAUCCUCUUCUCUUAUGUGAAGAUCCUGAGCGUUGUCAUCAAGAUCCAGGGUUCGGAAGGGCGGCGAAAGGCCUUCUCCACCUGUGCCUCUCACCUGACCAUGGUCCUGGCCUUUUUCGGCACCACUGGUUUUAUGUACAUCCGCCCAGCACGAAGCCAGCCUUCAUACCACGACAGGGUGGUGGCGGUGGUCUAUGCAGUUCUAACCCCUCUCUUCAACCCACUGAUUUACAGCUUGAGGAACAAAGAUAUUCAGGAAGCAAUUGGCAAUCUCAUGAAACUGCCACCGAUUUCCAGUGUGACCUCAGGCUAG